GUGAAAUCCCACCUCUGUCUAUUGGCAGACUUGCGUCUUUUCCUGGGCCUCUGUUUCCACAUCUGUGCAAUGGGAACAGUUAUUUAUGGUGGCUGCUGAAUGAGGUAGUGUGUGUUUGAGCAAACCCAGGGGAAUUGUUCAAACAGAGGUUGCUAUGAUUAUUGCUAUAGUGACUGCUGUUGUAGUCACGCUGAGUGAGAAAAAGAGGUUGAAGAGGGUCAGGGGAGGAGUCCUGGGAAGUUCCCCAGUCACCCUGAAAAACUGGUUCAACCUCUGUCUGUGCUUCCAUCCCAGGGAGUAUAGGUGGAGCCUCCAGAGCCCAUGGACAGGGCAUGCGGGGGCUGGGCCAGCCUCAGCAGUGUCUCUAAGGCACCCUGGGAUCCCCACUGAGCUGGCCUACUUCAGACAGCCAGGGCCCACCCCUCUGGCCCCCUUAGUGUCCAGCUCGUGGCCCCUUGGCAUUUCCACAAGACGCCAAGAUGGAGAUUCCCAUGGGGACCCAGGGCUGCUUCUCAAAGAGCCUUCUGCUCUCAGCCUCAAUCCUGGUCCUCCGGAUGCUCCAAGGCUCCCAGGCAGCCCUCCAUAUCCAGAAGAUUCCAGAGCAGCCUCAAAAGAACCAGGACCUUCUCCUGUCAGUCCAGGGUGUCCCAGACACCUUCCAGGACUUCAAUUGGUACCUUGGGGAGGAGAUGUAUGGAGGCACGAGGCUAUUUACCUACAUCCCUGGGAUACAACGGCCCCAGAGGGAUGGCAGUGCCAUGGGACAGCGAGACAUCGUGGGCUUCCCCAAUGGUUCUAUGGUGCUGCGCCGCGCCCAGCCUACAGACAGUGGCACCUACCAAGUAGCCGUUACCAUCAACUCUGAAUGGACUAUGAAGGCCAAGACUGAGGUCCAGGUAGCUGAAAAGAAUAAGGAACUGCCCAGUACACACCUGCCCACCAACGCUGGGAUCCUGGCAGCCACCAUCAUUGGAUCUCUUGCUGCUGGGGCCCUUCUCAUCAGCUGCAUUGCCUAUCUCCUGGUGACAAGGAACUGGAAGGGCCAGAGCCACAGACUGCCUGCUCCAGGGGGCCAGGGAUCUCUGUCCAUCUUGUGCUCCGCUGUGUCCCCAGUGCCUUCAGUGACGCCCAGCACAUGGAUGGCAACCACAGAGAAGCCAGAAUUGGGCCCUGCUCAUGAUGCUGGUGACAACAACAUCUAUGAAGUGAUGCCCUCUCCGGUCUUCCUGGUGUCCCCCAUCAGUGACACGAGGUCCAUAAACCCAGCCCAACCCCUGCCCACACCCCCACCCCUACAGGCGGGGCCAGAGAACCACCAGUACCAGGACCUGCUAAACCCCGACCCUGCCCCCUACUGCCAGCUGGUGCCAACCUCCUGAUGAGUCCUGGCUCAGGCCAGCCGGGGAGAAGACAAGGCCCAAGGCCCCAGCCCUCCUCUGGGAGCCUCACACCUGAGACCAGCAGGACGAGGCCAUGGGGAGCUGUGGGGCCGAUGAGGUGGACUCGGCCAAGGACUCAGCAGCACAUGGGGCAGGUGUCCUGGCAGGGGGAUGGGAGACUGUAACAGGCCUGGGUCCCUGUACAGCCCCUGAAUGCAUGCCUGCCUUCAGUCUGUUCCCUCAAGCAAGCUGGCCUGGGCCAUGUGCCUGUGAAAAUCAGGCUCUGGCCCCUUUCCAUGCCAAAGUCCUCCAAGAUCUGGAUAUCUGGGGACAAGGGGGUGGCCUCAGGCCUGCCUCCCAGGCAGUUGGCUGGGCUCCCAACUGUCUGUCCUCAAUGUCCUACCCCAACUCCACCAGUGACCCUGAGUCUCUUCCCCUGGGGACAAGGCAGACACCCCGCCAUGCGGGCCUCAGGUGGCAGAGAGGCCCAGCCUCACAGGCCUGUGGCCCCACACGCCAGUCCCAGCAAGGUGACCACAGCUGCCAGACCCCUUCCCUGUUCAGGCAGGCCCAGCCCCUCUCAGAAACCGCUGCCAGCUGCUGGCCUUGGCCCCACCCUGAAUCUCACCGAGUCCCUCUGGGCAGCAGCUCCCUUCUCCACCCCGCCCCAGCCCCGGUCCCAAAUGUGGCCUCACCUUGUCCUCCCCUCCCCCAAUCUAUACAUUCAUUCAGUAAUAAAUGAGCCUUUGCUGUAUGCCAGACCCAGUUCUAGACUCUUGCAGCCUUGAUAGAAAGUAAAACAAAAACUCCUGCUUUCCCAGAGGGUCGCUCUGGCAGGGGAGAGAAUCAGGAAAUAAAAUAAUGAAUG